AUCUGUGGUUCUAUUUCGUACUGUAUGCGCGUGCACAUCGGUAUUACCGACAUAUUAAUGUCGGUAAUUAUAAAUUGGGCGGUCAGUCGUUGCUACGUUUAAUUUUUUAUUUUAAUUUAUUACGAAUUCUGCGACGGUCCACGAGGAAUAUUGUACCACGAUUAUUACUGAAUAUUAUUGUUCUAUCCGUCAUACCGCACGCGAUCGAGAGAGACAAGAUCCUGAUGUAAAAUGUGUUGAACACGCAAUAAUUUAAAAAAAAAAACGGUCGUACACGCUAUCAUCACGCUAUCAUCACGUUUCCAAACACCUAUGUCGAUGUUCUAUUGGUGUGUUUUGAAUCACAUACAACCCAGAAAACCCAAAUCUGCUUUUGCCUCGAAAAGCGUUUCGAUUCUCACGUUGGUCGUCGCACGUCAGUCGAGGUAUACAUUUCGCUACGUCUAUAGAAUCUCGUCACCGACUAAACUUGAAAUACAGAAGAAGAAUCGUAUGAUCAAUGAGACUGUGCGCGUUACGUUUUAGAACAAACUGAAGUAAAGCAAAACACAUUGAUUUAUGUGUUUUAGUGAAAUCUUUUGUGAGGACUGUGCGUCGUCAAAAAGAUAAAUUGAAUAUACCAAUAAAAAUUCCAAAUGCUCGUUGCUCUCGAAAUGGUUUCUUCAACUUUGCUUCAUUUUGGUCUUGCGUUCAUCUUUCUGUACGUGACGUCAUGCGCCUCCAUGCGCACUGUGCAUACCGAACCGAGUAAAAUCUCCAUAACUUUCGAUAAAACGCCGGUAAAACUCAACGAAAAAACGUUUCAGGUUAUUUUAGAAAAUUCGACUUCCGGUUUGAUUUUCUGUGGCGGGAUUCUACUUAAGAAUUAUUACGUUCUCACAGCAGCCGAAUGCGUCGUAAACCGACAAGCGGACACAAUAACCGCAUAUACUGGCCUUAAAGAGAUAGAUGUGCGUGAACUUCACAAUAAUAAGCAUUCGAUUAGAAAAAUAAUCAUGCACGAAUCGUACGAUCAGCACAAUUUGUGGCGCAACGACAUCGCAUUGCUCAAAUUGUCGCCGUUAAAAAUUUACAGAAAUGCAUCUAGAAAUAUUUUUGCACCUUUUACCGAAGCUGUUUUACCUCUGAAAUCCAAAUUGGACAAAGUGUCAAAACGAAACCACUUACGAGCAAAAGUUUUCGGAUUUGGAAUAAAAAAAGAAAAUACGCCACCGAGUUCUAUUCACUUGGUGAAAUCUUUUACUUACGUAAUAGAUUGGGAAUAUUGCAGACAGUUGUACAAAAAAAUUCACUACAGUAUUUCCGAUUCACACAUCUGCGCUUAUGAUCCGUACGAUGUACUUCUAAACACUCGCGUUAGCGACGUGGGCAGUUCUUUGAUCGUUAGUCGGAAUGUAACUCUCGGAGUUGCAUUAAGCACGAGAGGAGGAUACUUAACGAAGAAUACGUACUUUCCGAUAUUGUUUACCAAUAUAUCACUCUAUCGUGACUGGAUCGAACAUGUGAUUAGUAGAACUGAUUACUAAGUCUAUAUUAGACGUAAGAUCAGUAUGGCAGUAAUGACAGAAUGAAGUGACGAAGAUGAUAGUGAAAACGAACAUUUGAUCGUUACAUUCUUCAGUAACAGCAUUCGACAAUAUUCCAACAAUUAAUUUCGAUGUAGUUUAUAUAUAGACAUAUAUACAUAUAAUAUUUUGUUUUGCAAAAUAAUUGUAUUAUAAAACUGUAUGUUUAGAAGAAUGUAAUUGGAAACGUUAUACGCCAAUUACAUUCUUCUAAACAUAUGUUAUUACCCAGUCGGGUAAUGAUAAUUGAUCAUUGAUUAUGCUUUUAAAAUAUCAGAUUAUUUUUUCGAUAACUUUUUAAAUUAUUAACAAUAACAUUAGCGACAAAUACAGCGUGUUGUAAGUCUCAAUCAAAUUCAUAUUAUAUUAUGAUGCAUAU